GAACUAGGGAACAUAGGAACGAUGGAAUGGACUUAAAAGUGUUGACGCAGGUGGACAAACGAACAUGGACGAGUAAAGCAAGAAGCAGUUCCACAUACCAGACGAUGGAGCUAGACUCGGAAACGGCCCGAGGCUGGGUCUGUGAUAUUGUUCAAGCGAGAUUGCAGUGAUUGUAUUUAAGUAUGGGAUAAAAGAAAUGCGUGUCCAAGAGAAAUCCUAUGCAUCAUGUGCCAAAAUGACGGAAGAAAGGAGCAUGAACGGAGGUCCUGAUGGACCCAGUGAAAAUAAAAGGGGCUUUGGACUUAGUAACGCCGAUGGAACGCAAAGUCCAAAUUUGACAGCAUCCGUUGAUAAUGAUAAGACCAACGCAGUUGGAGGAGGAAGGCUCAAAUUUUUCAAAGAUGGAAAAUUCAUCUUGGAACUAUCCCACCGUAAGGAUGGUGAGCGUAUGGCUUGGGUUCCUGUUUCCAAGAAAACGUGCUGGCCUUCUGCAUCCGUUUCGACAGCAGGGACCCCCAGACAAGAAAGUUCAACAUCACUUAGCGUGUCGGAUGACAACUCGUCGGUCCAGUCGUCUCCAUGGCAGAGAGACCAUUGCUGGAAGCAGAGCAGUCCUCGACGAGGUGUUGGUAAGGAGAUGACAUUCUUCAUGCAACCAUCGAAACACAUCAGGCAUGUCAGGAACCUUCAUCUCUUCUCUCACACGUUACGUAGAAAAAGGAGGUGUCCUUACGACUCUGCGGAAGUUCCAGUGACGAUGGACAGGAAUGGUACGACUAGCGCUAGGUUAGCCAGGGUCAAAAGAGAAGCUCCGAGUCCUGAAAAGUUAAAUUUGCUCAUUCAGAGUUUGUGGGAACGGGUGAACUCGGCAAGUGAUGGUGCUGGCACCAGCGUGUUGGUGCAAAACCACACAAGAACUAUAAGUGUGACGGUGGGGCGCAUGGACCCAAGCAUUAUUUCUCCUCGAAAGAGAAUCCUUCGUGAAAUGGAGCGUGUGAGUUUAGAAGACUUGGGAAGCUCGAAGCGUCAGCGAGCACACACCACUUGUGCCUUGCCCGUCGACAACAACGUCGGAGGAAACAGUUGCUCGACAACCAUUCAGACAAGCAAGGGGAGCAUCGGUAGCUACAGCAUAACAUCCCUACUGGGUCCCGGGCGGAAAGAAGAGCAGCCCUCCGCGGAGCCAUCGUUCCUGCGCACCCUUCUUCGUUCCCCCCCUCCGUCUCCCGAGCACAGUCCGCGGCACAGGAGCGCAGCGCCGGCCGUGUCUCCCGGGCCAGGGCUGCGACCAGCGCCGGUCGUUCCGUCCAUGGGUGCCUCCCCCCAUCUCACGCCCUUCCUGUCCCCGUCCCUGCUGUACCCCACCUACCUACCUCACCCGCACACCUCCACGCAUCCCUACUACCCUGUUCUUCCACCCGUGCCAUCUCCGUUCCGCAGCUCCCCCAUCCCGGCUCUGUGGGCGAACUACUCGCUCUCUAGUCUUCCACCGCCACCACGGGGAGCGCUGUACCCAGGCCACUCAGCACCGCUCAGCCCUUGCCCGUGGGGUCCGCUCACGCCGCAUCCUCUCGACGACUUCAAGAAGGAUGAUCCCAGCUCAGAUGUCCCGCUCAACUUGUCGAAGCAUGCAGGAUGAAGAAAGGCGUUCGGUGCACGAACACUCAGAGUGCAUCGGAUUUGGCAAGUGUUCUCACACUUGACUGGCAUACUAUCGUUCAAACUGACUUUACAAGCAAUGUUUUAAUACUCGAAGGAUGGUUUGAUCCUUCAUGUCUGUAUAUUGUAAAUACGGUGCAGGAUAGUCCUGCGUGCGACACAACUGAUUGUGCCUUCAUACGGGCAGAUUGCUGAUGCAUUGUACUGUACAUACCUAGACUGUAGUUAAGGUUGUUUAUUUUAUAAUAUCUGACAGUCAUAAAUGAAUGGGAAUGAAUAUCUUUGCUUGUGUGCAUUACUGUAUUGACAACUUUCUCAUUAUUUUUUCUCAUGUGCUAAUUGGCGUCAAAAAUCAUCUGGUAAAAAGCUCCAUUGUUGUUGGUGUAGUGAUAUCCAUAACUGUAUCGCGACGAUCUGCUUAAUCAGGGUGCAUGCUGCUCGUUGCAACUUUUGAUAUGUCUCAUGUUUUUCAUUCCAAAUAAAAGUGUUGGAAUUCUGUCAUUUCUGCAUUCCCCAUAAAUGUAGCCACUUGGUGAUUUACGUGUAUGUUACAAAGCAUGUUUUGUUUUUCUAUCUCUCCUUACCACUAUAGCUGCAUAACUAAUUAAAUUACUCAAUUGCAA